AUGCAGCCGGAGCUGGAGGCCAGCCCCUCCGAAGAGGUGACGCUCACCGAUCAUUACAUGAUCCUCAGGACCUUGGGCAAAGGCAGCUUUGCCGAGGUGAAGCUGGCCUGCCACCUCCACACGGGGGUUUGUGUUGCUGUCAAGGUCCUGGAAAGGGGCGAGAAGAAUGACUCUGUUAUCAUGACUGAAAUAGACAUCAUUAAGUCACUGGACCACCCAAAUAUUAUCAAGUUGUUCCACAUCAUUGAAACCAGAGCGCACACGUACAUGGUGAUGGAGCACGCCGCCGGGGGCGACCUGGUGAGCCACAUCGAGAAGGUGGGCUGUCUGCAGGAAGACGAGACCCGCCGCAUCUUCACCCAGAUGGCGUAUGCCGUCAACUACUGCCACGCAAACAGCAUUGCUCACAGGGACAUCAAACCGGACAACAUCCUGCUGGAUGGCAAAGGGAGUGUCAAACUGUGUGACUUUGGCUUGGCCAUCAAAGUCACCUCUGGGCAGAGGUUCAGAGGGUUCUGCGGUACCCUUGAGUACUGCGCCCCGGAGAUCUUCACCGAUGUGGAGUAUGACGCUCAGGCAAAUGACAUCUGGAGCAUGGGAGUGGUUUUGUACACGAUGGUGACAGGGCGCUUCCCAUUUGAGGCAAAGACCUAUUCCCAGAUGAAGGAGAAGAUGCUGGACCCCUCGUACUCCAUCCCACCCGUGCUCUCGCCAGACAUUGCAAACCUCAUCAUGCAGUUGUUCACUGUGGACCCAGACCAGAGGCCCAAGAUCUGUGACAUUACGAAGCACCAGUGGCUCAGAGGUGGUAAAGACCUCCCCAAACAGGCCUCUUCCUUUGAGGCAUGCCCCAGCAACCCAGCUCCCAGCAUUGUGGUGGCUAUGUGGGCCAUGGGUUACAAUACCAAGGACAUUAGAGACUCUUUACGUGAGAAAAAAUUCAAUAACAUCAUGGCAACUUACCUAAUUUUAAAACAUCAGUCACCUUGGGGGGACAAUGCUAAGCACCUAGUGAAGCCUGUGCAGCCUGUUGCCAUGACACCCAUAGGCCCGCCCACCUUCCAUCUCCCCCUAAAGAGGACAGGGAGCGAGUCUUCUCUUCACAUCUUCACCCUGACAAACAGAGACCGCGUGUCUGACGAUGCCAUGCUUUCAAGGAAGAAGGGCUGUAAAAGUCCCAGCAUGCCUGACAUCCUGUGCUGCCAGCAGAUGAGAACUCUCAUUCCUAACAGAGAUCCCUGGCAUGCUCCUGUUGCUGCUCGGCUCAUGAACAGCAGCUUUUGGGAGACCAGCAUGACCUCCAAGCGUGUGUCCUUAGGUAACACAUCCUCUGAGGAUAUGUUUUCUGAAAAAUAUUUGUCCUACAGAGCACCCCAGAUUGCAGUCACCACUGAGAACAGCCCACGCACCCAGAAUAUGCCAUCUGAAAAGGCACCCCGGAGUGUGACCGCCAGUGCCACACAUGAGAAUAAGAGGCACGGGUCCCAUCAGGAAACAUCUUCUGGAGAAAAUUUCUCAGGUGUCCAAGUUUCUGGGCCCCAAGAAAUAGUUUUUCACAUGGGGGAAGAGGAACCUGUGAUCCCAGGUUGGUGGAUGGCCCUGAUGGGGCUGUUCCUGGAGCUGGUGACUUACUGCCUAGUUCCUGGGACUGGUCCUAAAAUGGAGACAAAUGGGGUUUAUGUCAUCCUUUCACCAGUGGCCACCAACUCCAUCUUCUUUGGAUUCCACAACUGUUCCACGAGCUGUGUUGUGGAAGAUGAUUUUUCCGUGUGUCUUCAACCUGCCCAGCUGUCCAAGUGUGAGGUGAGCAAUCAGAGAGCGGAGCGCCCAAGCUUAGGCACUGUGGAUCUGGAGCUGUUUCUGCUAAUCUGUUCAUAG